GUGACAUCGGCAUACGAAGUGCUGGGUUCAGAGGAGAAACGACGUGUAUAUGAUGCAACAAUAUUCGCGAAUCGUGUCAAAGAUUCUUAUAAUAUCACGAAUCAAAGCACGAGCACUGGCCAAAAUGUACAUUAUGGACAACGACGAAAAAUGUAUACAGAUUUAGAUAUCGAUUAUAAAAAUUUUGAACAAUUCCAACGCAGUACACGGUAA